AUGUGGUGCAUGAGUUUGACAGUGUGUCAGUGUGACAGUGUGAUAGUGCGACCGUGUGAUAGUGUGAUAAUGCGACAGUGUGACAGUAUGGGUUUUUCUUUGCUGGCGAAUUUGCCCCCUGUAUACGGUCUCUACGUAUCAAUAUUUCCAGUCCUUAUCUAUAGCUUCCUGGGCAGUUCUCGCUAUCUAUCAAAUGGUACGUUCGCCGUCAUCAGCCUCAUGGUGGCUAAUGUCGUGAACAGACUAGCCACAGAUCCAUCAGGAGCUAGCACUCUCCCGGGUCACAUGAGCUCAGACAAUGUGACAGACAGCAUUAUUAAUGGAACCGACCCAGUGGUUAUCACCGGCAUACAAGUUGCCACCUGCAUGGCCCUGUUUAUCGGAAUACUACAGAUUCCGCUGGGCUUCCUGCGGUUUGGUUUCAUCACGGCGUACCUGUCCGAGUCGUUGAUCCGUGCGUUCACGACGGGAGCCGCCAUGCACGUUGUCACGUCACAAAUCAAGCAUCUGUUCGGUGUCUCUGUCAGUUCAUACACGGGAGUGCUCCGCCUUCCCUACACGUGGAUCGAUUUCUUUUCGAAGCUGAUGACAACGAACUGGGUCGCACUUGUUCUAGGUGUCGCCACCAUCGUCUUUCUUGUCGUCAUGCGAGAGUGUGUCAACGACAAAUACAAAUCAAAGAUGUUCAUGCCUAUCCCAGCGGAACUUGUCGUUGUUGUCGUUAUGACGGGGAUAUCGUAUGGUGCGAAGCUCGAGAAAGAUUGGAACUUGACGGUAGUCGGAGAGAUACGACCAGGACUCCCUCAACCGUCGGUGCCAGACGUUUCCCUCUUCCCUGACAUGAUCGGUGAUGUCAUAGCUGUCGCUAUCAUAUCGUGGGUGUUCAACGUCGGAAUGGCCGAGAUCCUAGCAAGGAAGCGUGACCAGGAGAUCGAUGCGGAUCAGGAGAUGAUCGCGCUCGGUGCAGCCCACGUCUUCAGCUCGUUCUUCUCCUGCUUCCCUGGCACGAACGCUCUCGCUCGCAGCCUCAUCCAGGAGAGUGUCGGCGGAGUCACGCAGAUAGCGGGUCUAGUAUCGUGUGUCAUCGUCAUCAUCGUCUCGCUGUGGCUGGGACCGCUGCUCUAUGAUUUACCAAAUAGCGUGUUUGGCUGGAAUCAUCCUAGUGUGUCUGAAGGGAAUGUACCUGCAGUACAGUGACAUGUACACACUGUGGCAUAUCUCAAAGCUAGACUGGCUUGUGUGGAUGGUCACGUGGGCAGGCGUGGUGUUUCACAGAUGUGGAUCUUUGGAUUAGGAAUUGGCAUCUGCUUCAGCCUGCUUACUGUUGUCAUAAGAACCCAGAUGUAAGUG